AUGAAACACUUUGGCAUUGCCGCCCUGGUUGCGGGCCUUCUUGCCCCUUCACUCAUUCUCGGUGCUCCUGCACCUGGCAACGAGGGAGUGAAUCUCCUCACUCCCGUUAAUAAGAGACAGGACUUUCAAGCCGAAGGUUAUGGAGGUGGCGGAGGCGGUGGUUGCAACUCCCCGACCAACCGGCAGUGUUGGUCUCCAGGAUUCAACAUCAACACCGACUAUGAACUCGGAACUCCUAAUACCGGCAAGACCAGACGGUACAAGCUCACCCUUACCGAGACUGAUAACUGGACUGGCCCUGAUGGUGUCAAGAAGGACAAGGUCAUGAUGGUCAAUGGCAAGAUCAUUGGACCUACCCUUCAGGCUGAUUGGGGCGACUAUCUUGAGAUCACCGUCAUCAACAAGCUGAAGUCGAACGGCACCUCGAUCCACUGGCACGGCAUGCACCAGCGCAACUCCAACAUCCAGGACGGCGUCAACGGCGUGACCGAGUGUCCCAUCCCACCCAACGGCGGCAGCAAAGUGUACCGCUGGCGGGCCACCCAGUACGGGACAUCGUGGUACCACUCGCAUUUCUCAGCGCAAUACGGCAAUGGCGUUGUUGGGCCCAUCGUCAUCAACGGACCGGCCUCGGCCAACUACGACGUCGACCUCGGUCCUUUCCCGCUCACGGACUACUAUUACGACACAGCCGACCGCCUCGUGCUGCUCACACAGCGUGCCGGCCCUCCGCCGAGUAACAAUGUGCUCUUCAACGGCUUCGCCAAGCAUCCGACCACAGGCGCUGGCCAGUAUGCUACCGUGUCGCUCACCAAGGGCAAGAAGCAUCGGCUGCGGCUCAUCAACACGUCGGUCGAAAACCACUUCCAACUGUCGCUGGUGAAUCACUCCAUGACCAUCAUCUCGGCGGAUCUGGUUCCCGUGCAGCCCUACAAGGUCGACAGCCUGCUGCUCGGCGUCGGCCAGCGCUACGAUGUCAUCAUCGACGCCAACCAGGCCGUUGGGAACUACUGGUUUAAUGUGACGUUUGGUGGGAGCAAGCUGUGCGGUGAUUCCGACAACAAGUACCCGGCCGCCAUCUUCCGGUACCAGGGCGCGCCGAAGGCACUGCCGACCAACAAGGGCGUUGCGCCGCCCGACCACCAAUGCCUGGACCUCAACGACCUGAAGCCCGUCCUGCAGCGCAGCCUGAACACCAACAGCAUCGCACUCAACACUGGCAACACAAUCCCCAUCACGCUCGACGGGUUCGUCUGGCGGGUCAAUGGAACGGCCAUCAACAUCAACUGGAACAAGCCGGUGCUGGAGUACGUCUUGACGGGCAACACCAACUACUCGCAGUCCGACAACAUUGUGCAGGUCGACGGCGUCAACCAAUGGAAGUACUGGCUCAUCGAGAACGACCCGGAUGGUGCCUUUAGCCUGCCGCAUCCCAUCCACCUGCACGGACACGACUUUCUCAUCCUCGGUCGGUCGCCCGACGUGACCGCCAUCAGCCAGACGCGCUACGUGUUUGACCCGGCCGUGGACAUGGCUCGCUUGAACGGCAACAACCCGACGCGGCGCGACACGGCCAUGCUCCCGGCCAAGGGCUGGCUGCUCAUCGCGUUCCGCACCGACAAUCCCGGCUCGUGGCUGAUGCACUGCCACAUUGCCUGGCACGUGUCGGGGGGUCUGUCGAACCAGUUCCUGGAGCGGGCGCAGGACCUCAGGAACAGUAUCAGCCCUGCAGAUAAGAAGGCCUUUAACGACAACUGUGAGGCGUGGAGGGCGUACUUCCCUGACAAUGCGCCCUUCCCCAAGGACGACUCUGGCCUGAGGAGCGGUGUCAAGGCGAGAGAGGUGAAGAUGAAGUGGUAGAGCCUUGUUUUUUCAGGUUGAAUAUAUGGAUUGAUGUGGCCAAAUAUGGGUGUAUAUAUGGUGGCUGGAGUUGGUCGUGGUACCUAAUAUGUAAUCUCUUCUCCCUUUUUUUUACUUCCCAUUCAUCGACCUUUGG